AUGGAUAAAUGGACAGGUUCAGACCUGUGCUCCGUAGGUAUAAGCGCACCGUUUCGCCUCUGCUCGUGGCAGGUUGUGUUACGUCAGAGGUCUGAUUACGGACUAAGCCGCUGCUACGUUCUUCUUCUGCUGCUGCUGGAUAGGCGAAUUACAGAUUACUCCAAGUGGCUCCCCAGGAAUUCUCAGGCGGAAAUUGUAAUAAAAAGAAAAAAAAAAGAUAGCAAUACGACAGGCCGUGGAAAAGGAGGAGCCAAGCGUCAUAGGAAGGUUCUGCGUGAUAAUAUUCAAGGUAUCACGAAACCAGCUAUCCGUCAUUUGGCUCGCCGAGGUGGUGUCAAACGUAUUUCUGGUUUAAUCUACGAAGAGAGACCCGUGGGUGUUCUAAAGGUUUUCCUUGAGAACGCUGUUCGUGACGCUGUCACCUAUACCGAACACGCUAAGAGGAAGACUGUUAUCGCUAUGGAUGUUGUCUACGCUCUGAAACGUCAAGGCAGAACCCUCUACGGUUUUGGCGGUUAA